GAUACGUUGAUAUUGGGCUAAUUCCGAAAGGUGCAAGGGGAAUCAAAGUCAUGGAAGUUGCAGAAGCAGGAAACUUCCUUGCUGUGCGAAGCAAAGACCCAGAAAAAUAUUACCUGAAUGGAGGCUUUAUCAUCCAGUGGAAUGGGGAAUACAAAGUGGCAGGCACGAUAUUUCAGUAUGACAGAACAGGGGAUCUAGAAAAUCUGACUGCUCCAGGACCCACCAAUGAAUCAGUAUGGAUUCAGCUACUUUUUCAGGAAACUAAUCCUGGAAUCAAGUAUGAAUAUACUAUACGUAAAGAAGAAAGUCAUGAGAAUGAGAUUGAAGAGCCAGAGUAUUUUUGGCAGUAUGGAGACUGGACAGCCUGCAGUGUUACAUGUGGAAGAGGGGUGCGGCGCCAGAUUGCCCACUGCAUGCGGAAGGGAAGCGGAGCCAUCAAAAACUCCUUCUGCGACCCAGCAACACAGCCAAACGGGCGACAAAAGAAGUGCUAUGAGAAAGACUGUCCACCCAGAUGGUGGGCAGGAGAAUGGCAGAAAUGUUCAACCACAUGUGGCCCAACAGGCCAGAAGAAGCGAACUGUUCUUUGCAUCCAGACCGUGGGAUCUGAUGAGCAGGCACUGGCUGUUACAGAGUGCCAGCACCUUCUUAAGCCAAAGACCCAUCUGUCGUGCAACAGAGAUAUCUUGUGCCCAUCUGACUGGACAGUGAGCAACUGGACUGAGUGCACAGUUACUUGUGGUGGUGGAAUAAGGACUCGUAAUGUCACUUGUGCCAAAAAUAACAAAGAGCCUUGUGAUACUUCCAAGAGACCGAACUCUAAGGCCCUAUGUGGUCUCCAGCAAUGUCCUUCUGCUGGAAGAUUUCUCAUACCCCCACUGGCACCCAGAAGAGGAAAGAUUAUCAUCAGAAAAAAACCUACUAAGCCCAAACAGAGUCCUUCUCGCAGAGUACCCAUGCCAAGCCCAAGGUCCCAUACAACAACAAAGGUACCCAAGCCUGAAAGUGUAACAUCCUGUUUGCCUACAUCCUCUGGUUUGGGUAGUGUCUCAGAAGAAGAAGAAGGAACAGCCAACAGAACAUUACAAAAUAAUUUUGCUGGACCAAGUGAUGUUUACAAUUAUCCAGUUGUUUCUACUGAAAAUAGUUCAUACCAAAAUACUACUUCAUGGCCUUUUCAUAAUAGCUUAAGUACUGCAAUUAUAAAGCAUGGUGAAAAUAUUUCUGAAAGUGAGCCAUUUUCUACUGUAGAGAGUGAGGUGCAAAGAAGUGAGGACACUCCCAUCUCCUCUUUUACCAGUAAUCCAAAAGUAACUUCCAGUUAUGAUUACUUAACUGAAGAAUCUGAAGACAUGGAUGGGUCACUUGGAGGCAGUGGGAAAGCGAUUGAUCUCCUUUAUGGCACAGAACUCAAUCCUGAAAUCAGAACCAGGAGCACAACCCUGCAUACUGGCUCUUCUGUCCUUCAAAAUGAGAGUGUGACUUCACAGCCCCUGCCGGCAUCUCCUCAUCAAGACCCUCCUACUCUCCUUCCUGUUAGCAGAGCAGCACAAGGGUUGGCAUUUCCAACAAGAGCAAAUUUUAUUGGACUGCAAGUACUAGACCCACAAGCAUCAGUUACAGCAAUGCCCACAGUGUUUGGUCACAUACCAAGAGAUCAGACUGACAACAGAAGAGAAACGAAGCUGCCUGAGACACUAACCACCAGCACACAGUUGUCAGCUCUAGAGCAUGCUCUCAGGAACCAAAGUGCAACAUCUGAGGGUGCUUUAACCAAUGUCAAAGAAAACAGCCACCUGAUAACAUCCAACAGUUUGCCUGGUGAUGCCUACUGGAUAGUAGGCAACUGGAGUGAGUGCUCUACCUCAUGUGGAAUGGGGGCUUUCUGGAGACACGUGGAGUGCAGCAGCAGGAACACAUCUCACUGUCAGCACAUAAAAAAGCCUGAUCCUGCAAGGAAGUGUUAUCUCCGCCCAUGCGCUAGAUGGAAGACAGGAAAUUGGAGCAAGUGCUCUGCUAACUGCAGUGGUGGUUUCAAGACUCGCGAUGUUCACUGCAUUGAUGUUCGUGAAAAGCGACUUCUCCGGCCUUUUCAUUGCCAAUUACUCGGAUAUAAACCACAACUCAACAUCAGUUGUAACAUGGAGCCUUGCUUGCAGUGGCAUGUGGAACCCUGGCAUGAGUGUUCACGAACAUGUGGUGGUGGCCAGCAAAAGCGGCGUAUCUACUGCCCAGAAGAAGGCCACUGUGACUGGACAAAAAGACCUAAUGCCAUUGCAUCAUGUAACAGGCAACCUUGUACACAGUGGACUAACCAGGCAUGGGGCCCGUGCACCGUUUCUUGUGGAGGGGGCAUUCAGCAAAGAACUGUGGAAUGCACGAACACAGAAACUAAUGAAACUGAAGAUGACAGUAUGUGUGUGGAGAAACCCAAGCCCAGAGAGAAUCAGAAAUGCGGUCUGCAAGAGUGCAGGAAAAGUACAGGGCUACCUUGCAGCAAAGACCAGCUCUCGGUUCACUUCUGCCAGAGGCUGAAAGGCAUUGGCAAGUGCUUGUUGCCAUCCAUACAGACUCAGUGCUGCUUCACGUGUAGUCAGCCUCGAAUUCAUAACAAAGCAAGAUAUGGGGAUCAGAGAGGCCUCAAACAACAGAAUUACACUAAAUCAAGAAGAAAAUCACCUCAAAAUCAAGAAAACACCAACCAAGCUGCUCGGCACUAG